CCCGCGCCUGUCCCCAGCCCGCAGCUCGGGACCCUUUGCCUGUGUCCAUCACUCCGUGCGGAACCGCCACCGGCAUGUCGGACAAGCUGCCUUACAAAGUCGCUGACAUCAGCCUGGCCGCCUGGGGACACAAGGCCCUGGACCUCGCAGAGAAUGAGAUGCCGGGCCUGAUGCGCAUGAGGGAGAUGUACUCGGCCUCCAAACCACCGAAGGGUGCCCGCAUUGCCGGCUGCCUGCACAUGACCGUGGAGACAGCUGUCCUCACUGAGACCCUCGCUGCCCUGGGCGCUGAGGUGCAGUGGUCCAGCUGCAAUAUCUUCUCCACCCAGGACCAUGCAGCAGCUGCCACUGUCAAGGCUGGCAUUCCAGUGUACGCCUGGAAGGGCGAAAUGGACGAGGAAUAUCUGUGGUGCAUUGAGCAGACGCUGUACUUCAAGGACGGGCCCCUCAACAUGAUUCUGGACAAUGGUGGUGACCUCACCAACCUCAUCCACACCAAGUACCCACAGCUCCUGUCAGGCAUCCGAGGCAUCUCCGAAGAGACCACAACGGGGGUCCACAACCUGUACAAGAUGAUGGCCAACGGGAUCCUGAAGGUGCCUGCCAUCAACGUCAAUGUCGUCACCAAGAGCAAGUUUGACAACCUCUAUGGCUGACGGGAGUCCCUCAUAGAUGGCAUCCAGCGGGCCACAGACAUGAUGAUUGUGGGCAAGGUGGCGGUGGUAGUGGGCUACGGCGACGUGGGCAAGGGCUGUGCCCAGGCCCUGAGGGGCUUCGGGGCCUGCGUCAUCAUCACGGAGAUCAACCCCAUCAACGCGCUUCAAGCUGCCAUGGAGGGCUAUGAGGUGACCAUCAUGGAUGAGGCCUGUCAGGAGGGCAACAUCUUUGUCACCACCACGGGCUGUAUUGACAUCAUCCUCAGCCGGCACUUUGAACAGAUGAAAGAUGACGCCAUUGUGUGUAACAUCGGACACUUUGACAUGGAGAUUGAUGUCAAGUGGCUGAACGAGAACACUGUGGAGGUGAACAUCAAGCCCCAGGUGGACCGCUACUUGUUGAAGAAUGGGUGCCGCAUCAUCAUUCUGGCUGAGGGCCGGGUGGUCAACCUGGGCUGCGCCAUGGGCCACCCCAGCUUCGUGAUGAGCAACUCUUUCACCAACCAGGUGCUGGCGCAGAUUGAGCUGUGGACCCACCCAGACAAGUAUCCCAUUGGGGUCCACUUCCUGCCCAAGAAGCUGGAUGAAGCAGUGGCUGAAGCCCACCUGGGAAAGCUGAAUGUGAAGCUGACCAAGCUGACUGAGAAGCAGGCCCAGUACUUGGGCAUGUCCUGCGAUGGCCCCUUCAAACCUGAUCACUACCGCUAUUGAGAACCAGGCCCGCCCUUUGCCUUCCAGCUGCUGUCCUUGCCUGGGUCCCACCUCUCCUCCCCAAGAGCAAAUGGCACCACCUUUGAGACUGGUUUGAUAAUGUUCCCCGUCAACUCCCUGGGGCUAGUCAGUCUUUGGCCUCUGCUGCAUCCCUCAUACUGUUCCAAGUGUGGCAGGGGGAAUUGAGAAGUCCCUCCUCAAGCCCUGGUCAUGAUAGAGAUACAUGGGAGUUACCCACAGGGAACCAU